GACCUGAUCUGGACUCAUCCUCGGCUGUCGGCUCCUCGUAGCCCGCCGCCCGGCCCCCGCAUCCAACGGUCAUCUCCCGACUCUCCGCUCCCACCGCCGCCACCGCUCCCCUCCUCGCGGCGCAAACCGCGCCUCCACGGGAAACCCCAAGCGGCGGCCGUCCCUUCCGCGGCUCCACCUCCCUCUGCUCUCCGAUUCGAGCGGAUUCCAUGGCCAGAGACGACGGCGGCGCUCUGGUUCCCGCGCCGGCGCCGGCGCCCGCUCCCGCUCCCGCUCCCGCUCCGGGCCAGGUCUACCUGCCGGAGUGGCGCCGCGCGUACGACCGCCUCGUGAAGAUGCUGCGCCAGGCGUACGCGCAGGCCGAGGAGCUGUGCGUCGAGCGCGAGCACCUCAUCACCGAGAUCCAGUUCCUGGAGAGCCGGCGCCGCGAGCGCGAGGAGAACUUUCAGGCCCGCAUCCAGAAGAUGCGUAAGCACGAGAAGCUCCGCAAGAGAGUCGAUGAGGCUGAGACGGUGGUGAGUCUUGGUGGCAAGGAUCUUCAGAUUCAUCGCUACCAGAAGCUUGCAGAGCUUGCUGAGGAUGAUUUGGAGGACUUCAAAAGCUGUAUUUCGAAUUUGGCUGCUGAAAAUACGGAGCUAAAGGAAAAACUGAUGAAGUUUGAAAGUCUGGUGGAGAUUGGUACCGACAAUUCAGAUCACCAGAAAAAUGGGAAAGAUAUUAGGGAAGAGAUAAGGAAACUAAAGAAAGCUUACAAGAUCCUGAAAUCAGAGAAGGACAAGGAAACUAAAGAAUUACAAGCGGAAAAUAAGUUUGUGUGGAACCAGCUUAAGACAAUGGAAGGAGAAUACAGCAGGACCAUCAAGAGCAAGAACAUAGAGGUAAAGCAAGCUACGGAAGCAGCGCAAAAGCUUCUGCAGAAUGUAAAUGAGUUGCAAGUGGCAGCCCAAAAGAAGGAUGAUGAAAUCGUUAGACUAGAAGAAGAGGUGACAAAUGCCAAAGAGAGGAUGUCAAUUCUUGAGGAUGAGCUGCAAAAAUUGCGCUCCUUGGUCAAGGGCAAGGAUCUUGAAACUGACAAAGAUGAAGAUGGUCAACCAGAGACUAGUAGGAUGUCGAAGAAGGAUACUAAUAAGGCAAACAGAAAAUCUAAGUCUACAAGAACUUCUCAGGUCACACCUGAUAUAUCAAGAACUUCCCAGGUCACACCUGAUAGGCGAGAAGUGAAGACUACUACAAGAAUGCAUGUGUCUGAGACUAAUCAGAAGCGCAAGCGUAGCUCCUUCAAGUCCUCCCUGUCAUGUGGUAACCAGAGAUGCCACACGAGGCCUCUGCAAGUUAAAGCUGCUGUGUCAGUGUCACCUAUGCUCCUCCCGCCGAAUUUCACCGUUCCCAGGUUGAAGACCCCAACUCGUCCCUAAAAGUGUGAAACCACUGGCCACUGUAGUCUGAUGUGCUGACAAUUGAAGUUGUCCCAACACGCCCUGCUCUGACAGUAGGUGAAGCUUAUCCGUUGCCGCUGGCAGGUUUGACUUAAUUGCAAAGCAGCAUUGUAUAGUCGAUUUAACUGUGCCUGUAACAUAUUUCUUCUCUCAUCUCUGCGUUGGAAUGCUUGCAACAUGUAUUAUGUUUUUUUUUUGAGAUUCAUGUACUAUGGGUGCUGUGUAACAGAUGCAGAAGGUGUCCAUGUGUGUAACUCGCUUGCCCGGCUUUGAGCAUAUUUGUUUAUGUGUAACAGAUUAGCAGUUCUUGUGGCAUAUCUUCUUGUGAGAGUAUUCGCAGCAUAUCCUUUUGGUA